AUGGACGGGAAGUCUCAAGUGCGGGCUAGCGAAGCUGUGAGACGACGCGGCUUCGUCGUGACUGAACCCAUCGUGGAGGGGAAGAAGGUCAAGGCAGAGAUUGUGCGCAUCCUGCAACGCAAUCAAAUCAAGCAUUUCCAUCAGGUCGGGGUCUGGCCCGAGGCCUUCAAGUCCACAGUCUACAUCGACAACUCUUUCGCUGCGCAGAAGAAGAGGUAUCGACUCACGAACGAAAGCGACCGCGGUGUUGUGCACGGUGAAAAAUACUUCUUUAUGGAUGGGGACGACUGCCGGCCGGUGAUGAAGAAUAAGAACCGAGAUUUUAUUGACGGCGUGACUUCAUCAUUUGAUGAGUUAAGACUUGACGUUGGCCACCACAUUGAACCCAACUAUAAUAAAAAGGCCGUCACUUAUGUGAUCACUUCGGAAGUAGAUAAUAAUGGCGAUGAAGAAAACAGUGACGAUGAAGAAAACAGCGAUGAUGAAGAAAACAGUGACGAUGAAGAAAACAGCGAUGAUGAAGAAAACAGUGACGAUGAAGAAAGCGAAGACGAUACAAGAGAAGAAUACUCAAAUAUAAAUGCUUCCUAUUCCACGAACGUUAAUACAUUAACAGUUUUAGAGAUGAUCAAUGUCCCUUUGGAGGUUGUUGAUGCCGUCUACCUUGUCUGUUCUUGCGAAGAGUUUUGUGUCGUCUGCAAACAUUCUUACGUUGCUACGUACGCCAUCUGGAAGAUCGUUAAUGAACAUUACGAACAAAAUUGGUCCCAACACAGACCCCUGGGGAAUCCCGCUCGUUACAUCGGCUUCCUGUGA